GAACAACCGAACCCACGGAAGCUUGGCCCGCGAUCAAGAUGGAGGUACCGCUGCCACUGCGCAGCGUAUGGCUCCAAGCCCACGCACCGCGAUCGCGCGACGAGGCCACGUGCGUCUUGCGCCAGCUCCAGCGACUACAUGGCGAGCAUGACUGGCGCACCGUCCAGCAGCUGCUGCACUGGGUCCAGUCCGGAGCAACCAGUCGCCCGUGUGCGUGCUGCCACGCCGACUGCGCUGCGUCCUGGACGUCGACGCGCCACUUGGAAAAGACCAUCGAAUACGAACAGUUUCUCCUCUCGUUGGCGCUCCGCCACGUCGCCGUGACGCUCAAGGAAGACCGCGCGUGGACGCUCAGCGCGCUCGACGCCCUGUAUCCCGUCACCACGUGCCUCGAAGUCGCGCUCCUCGAGCACGAGGCGAUCAAGCCAUUAGGACGCAUCUGGCAGCAUCUUCGCCUCGCGUGCGGCGGCAAUGCGUACAUGGAGCGCCACGCAGCGCUUGUCGCGUCGUACGAUGCUGCGCGCUGGUGCGCGACAGCGACGGCGAUUGAUCAGCUCUUCGUGCCCAAGUUUAGCAACGUCGUGGACCCAUUUCCCGAAUUCACCGCGUCGGCGACACCCAUCGUGCUCUCGGGCUUCCAAACGACCUUUCAUCCGCGCAUGCCUCGGAUGCUCGAGACACACAAGGCCUCGGACACGGUGCUAGGGUACGCGUGGUCGACCGACGACGAGAGCCUCUUUGCUCUCAAGGCCAUGGAGCUCCAGAUCGCGCUGGGGCGACUUGUGUACGCCAAGCAGACGCGGACCCGCGACCCGUUGCAGGAUGUCCCGAUCGCACCCCACCUGCCAAUGGACUGCAGCUCGGUACCGUACCUCGUGGAAUUUCGACGCGGUAAUAUUCCAAUACUGCUGUCGAUUCCGCACGGCGGCGGCACGUCGGCGGCGACGGCUUCGGGUCGGUGGCAGCUGUCCCACUUGACGCAGCGCACGCCGUCCAAGACGAGUGCCAAGCGCUUUACUGUCUUUGCCGACACGCGCACCGUCCACGUCGGCGCAGACGCGUCCAAGGCGCUGGACAGACGCACUAAUGGUGCGCAGCCGUAUAUGGUCAUCGCCAAGUUCCACCGCAAGUUUGUCGACGUCAACCGCGCGCACAACGAAGACGCGUACGUGGACGACACGCCGUGGACGCAACACAUGUAUGCCACGUACCACAGCACGCUGCUGCACGCGUUGCAAGAGAUAUGGCUACGAUUUCCCAUGUUUGAUCCGCUUUUGCUCGAUGUCCAUGGCCAGCGCGCCGCCACGUGCCCGCGUCUCGGUAUCUCGAACCUCGAGUCGAAGCAGCUCCUCUACAUUGGCACCCAGAACGGCCUCACGAUUCGCUCGAUGGACGUCAUGCAGCGGUACUUUCUCGGACACUUGCAUGGAGCACUUCAAGAGCAAGCGUGGCUCGGCAUCUACCCACUUGCUGCGCGGGACAAAGACGGCGGCUACGCCUGGGACCUCGAGCGAAAAGAGUUUCUCGGUGGCUACAUUGUCCGAACGUACGGACAUAGCGCAACGGGGGCGAACGCCAUCCAACUCGAGUUUGGCGCAUCGAUGCGCGGCGCCGACGUCGACGUGCACCCUGACGAGGCCAAGGCCCAGCGCCAGCGUACAUCUGAAGCUCUCGCUGUCGCAAUGGCCAGCUAUAUUGAGCAUAUUGGCCUCGGAUUCGGUCUUCUCGAGCGCGACGUGUACGCGUGAACGCUCUGCUACCUGUAUUUCGUGUAGUGUAGUACCUCUAAAUACCAGAAACGGUGAUCUGUGCAGUG